AAUUCCCUUCCUUGUUUUCUUUGUCACACUUACAUCACAUAUUUACCUCGUGUUUGUUUACUGAUCAUAAGCAAGUAUGCAACCUCAAUUAAGCGAUUCUUACUAUGGACCUGCCAUUCCACCGACACGAGGGCAAUCCCGCAAUCGCCACCACCGUGGCAGAAGCUGUUUCAGCUGUCUCUUCAGCAUCUUUUGGAAGCUUAUAAUUGCUCUUAUUGUUCUCUUUGGUCUCAUAAUCCUUAUCUUCUUUCUCAUUGUUCAACCCCGUGCAUUCAAGUUCUAUGUUACGAAAGCCGAACUAACACAAUUUGACCACACAAACAACACACUAUACUACAACAUGGUGCUCAACUUCACAUCCCACAACCCAAACAAAAAACUUGGCAUCUACUACGACAAAGUUGAAGCUCAAGCAUUCUAUGAAGGGUCGAGGUUUUCUAAUGUAGAUGUUAUCACACACAUGAACUCAUUUCGUCAAGACAAGAAGAAUAGCAAUCCCAUGACCGGUGUUUUUUCUGGUCAAAAACUAUUGAUGCUCGACAAUGAUCAAAUUUCGGAGUUCAACAAAGAUAAGAAUGUUGGAGUUUAUGAUAUCUAUGUGAAGCUCUACUUUAGGAUUAGGUUUAAACUUGGAGACUCCAUAUCCAGAAAGUUCAAACCUAAGGUCAAAUGCGACCUCACAGUUCCUUUGAGCACUCGUAAUGCAACUGACUUUACCUUCAUUCGACUUAUACCCACCAAGUGUGAUGUUGAGUUCUAAGU